AUGCCACGUUCUUUGAGUGCUCCCGGCGAUAGGAACAGCCCACCUCAAUCGCGCGUCGCAGAAACAGGAGAAUAUCCAGAAACGCAAUCUCGAAUGUGGCGUACCUUUGCAGGGACAUUAUCUACCAUCAUAGAAGACUUCGGGGAGGACCCGAUAGAAGCUGCACAUACUCGUACUUCCGUCGGGACUCCUGCCUCCCCCAGUUACGAGCUAUCCUUGUUAGAGGAGGUUGGGAAAGGGAGGGCAACACUUCGGGCUGCACCUUCAGCCGAUAAUAGCGCCGUUCACACGAUGUCUUCCAAUCCGAAAGGAGUGGUAGACAGUCGAUCGCCGGGAGAGGGGAGUCAUGGGGUUGUGUAG